ACUACUUUCCACGGUCUUUUUUUUUUCAAUUACUUUCCCCAAACAGUCGAUAUCUUUUUCUCUUCUCUGGCUUUCUCACCCAAACCUUAAAACUCUAUCUCUAGGUUUUAUUUAUUCUUUCCUCUUCUUCUUCGUUUUUGAUUUCAACUGCUGAUGUUGGAAAAGUGACAGCGAUUCGCAUUUCUUCUUCUCUUAGUUUGCAAUUUCUUGGUUUAGCAGCUGCGUCGGGUCUGAAAUUUCCAGUGGAAUAUGGGAUCGCGUUGGAACAGCAAUUGAAGAAAGAAGAAGAUGAACUCAGGAAGAAUAAGAGAGAAACGGUCAAUCUCUUCCAGAGACCGGAACCCUGACUCCGGCAUUCCCGGCGAUUUGAAAUCCGACUCCGACAGCUCACCAGACCGCGACUCUAGGUACGGAAACUAUCCACCUGAAGCAACUUGUGGAUAUAGUUGCAAGCAUAAGAAAACAUUGGAGGAGGAUCCUUCUGCUUUUGCAUUUGAUGAAGUUUAUGAUGACAUGAAACACAGAGACAUUGUUCCUAAACUGCAAGAUCGUCAAGACCUCAAGUUGACAUGUGUUGCAGGAUCUGGUAAAGGGGUUUCAGACACUCCCGUGACGCUCCAUAUUGCGAAUGCAGAGCUUGCUCCAACUCACCCAAUCUGUCUAGGUCUGGCACUGAACUGAUGAGUUAUGUGCAGGCUCCAAAAACUUCACAAGAUAAAAUGGCUACUGAGCUUCAAGACAAAUAGAAAAUACUUGCAAAUCAGAUGAUCAAAAUGCAAAGUUUUGUCUAUUGUUUUUGAUUCGUUGUUGAUCCUUACCUGUAACAUUGUUUUAAGACUGCUAUGUUUUUAUAAAUCAAUUUGUAUAAAUUAUGGAAUAUAUUUUUUACCAAUUAAAAGGAGGAUUAACA